AUGGGCGCCUCUGAGGGCAGCCUGGGAGAGCCGGCCGUCCUCAGCCUGGACAAGAGAAAGCUUCAGGGUGACCUUGCAGCACCUUCCUAUAGCCCUUCUAAAGGCUACAAGAGAGCCGGGGAGGGACUUCUGACAAGGACGUGUAGCCUGGUGUUUUUUUACGACGGCCGUCUGUCUGACGGGGCGUCCCUCUUCCCCGCCACGGCGUGCGGGGCGCGUGUCCCCUACACCCCCGGCCCCCUCGGGAAGGGGGGACGCUGGAGACGACACCCAGGGGUCGCUAGGAGGCGACGGCGAUGGGGCAGGAGGACAGAGUCUCAGGGAGCUCCCCCGGCUGCCGGGCAGCUCAAGGGGCUCAUUGUGCCCGGGGCUGGGCGGUGCUGCCCUCCCCGCGGGCCGGGGCCGGGGCCGGCAGCGGGGCGGGCCGGGGCGGUGCAGGCCCGGGGCCGGGGCCUGGGCCUGGGCCGGGGCCGAGCCCGGGCAGGUCUCCCUCCCGCGGCAGCCAUGGCAGAGGGCUCCGAGAAGGUGCCGAUCGCCCGAGUGGGGCCCGACGAUGUGGAGCUGUGCCUGCCGCCCGUGAGUGCUGCCGGCUGGCGGGACAGGGUGGCAUCGGGACAAAGCCUGUGGGCAUGGGUUGGGAUGGAACGGGAGCCAGCGAGUCGGGACGGGACGGGACGGGACGGGUUGGUUUGGGACGGUGGGGAACGGGCGUACGCGGCGGCCGCGCCCCCCGGGCCGGGGCGGCUGCUGAAGGCCGGGGCCGCGGUGCUGAUCGCCGGGGCCCUCCUGCUGCUGGCCGGGGCCAUCGGCGCCUUCUACUUCUGGAAAGGCACGGAGCGGCAGGUGUACAACGUUCACUAUACUAUGAGCAUUAAUGGAAAAGUACAAGAUGGAUCAAUGGAAAUAGAUGCUGGAAACAACUUAGAGACAUUCAAAACAGGAAGUGGGAGUGAAGAGGCAGUUGAAGUCCAUGAUUUUCAGAUCGGCAUAACUGGGAUCCGUUUUGCUGAAGGAGAGAAGUGUUACAUCAAAGCUCAGCCAAAAGCUCACAUCCCUGAAGUUGAUGCUAUGGCUAAAGCGAGCCUCUCAUCUGAGCUGGAAGAUGAAAUCAUGCCUGUGAGAUUUGACAAAAACUCCCUUAUCUGGGUGGCUGCAGAUGAGCCUAUCAAGCAUAACAGCUUCCUAAGCCCCAAAAUUCUAGAGCUUUGCAGGGAUCUUCCAAUUUUCUGGCUGCAACCAACAUAUCCCAAAGAUAACCAGAGGAGACAAAUGAAGAGAAACAAGCGCCAGCCAGAACCAGACUUUGAUGAGGAAGACUUGGAAGCUGCUUCUGAAGAAGUAAACCCCAGGUCACGCACCGUGCAGCUGACUCAAGAGCUUGGCCACCAGGCUAAUGAAACCAGGCCAAUGGGACAAGAAACUGAUCAAACAUUUAAUCCAGACAACCCAUACAACCAGCUGGAAGGUGAAGGGAUGGCCUUUGACCCCAUGCUGGAUCACCUGGGCGUGUGCUGCAUCGAGUGCCGGCGGAGUUACACGCAGUGCCAGCGGAUCUGCGAGCCCCUCAUGGGCUUCCAGCCGUGGCCCUACAACUACCAGGGCUGCCGCAGCGCCUGCCGCCUCAUCAUGCCCUGCAGCUGGUGGGUCGCGCGCAUCAUGGGCGUCGUGUGAGCAAAUCCCUCCACCAAAACAAAACCAACUCAAUGGAGCCUUGACAAAAUGAGCAGGAAUACAAUGAACUGGUAAAAGGCUAAAACCAAAGCAGCGGUACCGAUCCUGCCUUACAAAAUCAGAGCCUGUUUUUCUGCACCAAAAGCAAGGUCAGAUAUUCCAGCUGCAAAUUAAAUGCUCAAGUUAAUAUUUCAUUAGCUUUACAAGAGGCAAGGGUACAAUAGCACUUGCUGAAUUAAAAAACUGAGACUUCCCAAAAAAAAGACAACAUUAAACUUUGCUCAAAAUUGGUUUAGCAGCCCAGAAGCUUGCCCAUACAUCUAAAUUCAGCCUUUCAAAACAAACGCCUCUCUUUCCAAGCUAUAUGUGAAAAUUUACACCCAAUUAAGCAACUAGCUCAACUUGUACACUUGGGAGUGCCUUUAAUCCAUGUAGCUUACUUAAAUAAAUCACAACUUAAGUUGCUCCCUGUUGCUAUUCAGAGUUGCCAGGUCAUUAUGAAUGGUUAUAAACCAAUUACAGCAUACCUUUCCCACAAAGCUGCUCCAGGGGACACGGGAAAGCGCACAUUGUGCUAAAUCGGAAACAAACAGCAGGAAAAGGGGCUGUGGAAGGGGAUGUGAGUGGCCACAGAAUCAAAACCCUUUGCACAUCCCAACAUCAAAGAAACCCCAGCAUCAAGAAUCCUGUAUCCAUGAUACCACUGUAGUGUCUAACAAGUAUCUGCUAUCCAGCUACUACAGCAAAAGUAUUUACAUGCAGUUACAGACCAAGGAGCCUCAAGACCCUUCAGAAUGUACAACAGCCACUGUUAUUUAUAAAUCCUUGAACUAGACACUUUUGACACAAGAUUACAACCCCUCUUUAUUUCACAUGGAUAGCAGCCAUUCACACCAGUUCCUUUAGUUUUGCUGAAGCUCACAUCCCUUCCCCACAAGAGAAACUGUUUACCAGAAGGGAGGGGGAAAAAAGAAAAGCCUUUUUUUUUUCCCUCUCCUUUCUCACCUCACCCUUUUUGCUAAGGCAAACUCUGCAAUUAUUGGGAUUGAUCCCACUACACAUUAAAUCUCUAAGGAAGGUACUAAGCUGAAACACUCAAAGGUGGAACAAUUUAGUAUUUCUAGCCUUGAAAAACAAAAUUAGGCAGUGGUAUUACACUGCCUUUAUCCAUACUAUGUAUCAUGAACCCUACCUUCAAGUUUAUGGAGCCAUCUACAUGAUCUUUAUUUACAAAAUGGUUCAGCUUUUCCUAUAGUCUGCUUUCUGGAGCAUUCAUUUUUGUGACUAAACAGCUCCUGAGAUGUUGCAAGCCCAGUAAUGUUAUUAACACUGCAUGACACACGAAAAGAGGAAUUAAUUUGACAUAAUCGUGGCUUAAAGAAAAUAAAGACAACCUCAUGUGGAAUGCUAAACUGCAUAACUGAAAAGCAAAGUGUUAAAUGAGAAUAAGAUGAGAGUAGAAUUCAGUAUUUUGUUCUAUUGUAGCUUUUUAGUAUAAACUUCACCUUCCCUUAAUCUGAAGGACAGACUUGCUUUGAAAUAUUUAAAUUAUAAACUUCUUAAAGUGGGAUUUCAAGGCCUGUUAAAUUUGAGUUUCUGCUUUUUAAACUGAAAAUGACCUUGAUCAUUAUGUUGUUUUAGAAGUACAUCUAUCAUAUGCUUAGAAAAGUCAGUUUUCCUUUUUUUUUUUUUUACUGCAGAUUAAACAAACACAUUAAAAAAAACCCAGUUGCUUUCUGUGCCUUUUUCAGUGUAGAAGGUGUAACAAUUCUUUCACAUACUUGUUAAAGAACUGUCUGAGGAGGAAAAGAAGGGCAUCAGCAAGUGAAACACUGGAGGCAAAGAGAAAGAAAUGUGAUUGUGUGUAUGUCUGAACUAGACUGUUGCUCUCUUUUGCAUCUUGAGGCAACCUGUCAUCUGCUUCUCUCUGUGUCCCCCAAUAAAACAGCCUCCUUCUGAAGACACAAAACCAA